GGAGCGACAGGUCUCGGGCCCUCAGGCGGAGCGGCGGGCGCCGGACCCCCAGGUGGAGCGACAGGUCUCGGGCCCUCAGGCGGAGCGGCGGGCGCCGGGACCCCCAGGAGGAGCGACAGGUCUCGGGCCCUCAGGCGGAGCGGCGGGCGCCGGACCCCCAGGUGGGAGCGACAGGUCUCGGGCCCUCAGCGCGGAGCGGCGGGCGCCGGACCCCCAGGUGGAGUGACAGGUCUCGGGCCCUCAGGCGGAGCGGCGGGCGCCGGACCCCCAGAUGGAGCGACAGGUCUCGGGCCCUCAAGCGGAGUGGCAGGUGCCGGACCCCCAGGCGGAGCGACAGGUCUCGGGCCCUUAGGCGGAACCGACAGGUCUCGGGCCCCCAGGCGGGGCGGCGGGCACCGAGUCACCAGGCACAACAGUGGGCUCCGAGUCAACUGGGAUGACCGCUGGCACUGGGUCAGACAUUGGAUCGUCUGACUGGACAGCGGGCACUGGGUCACCAGGCAUCAGGUCAUUUGGCUCGACAGCGGGCACCGCGUCAUCUGGCAAGGCAGUGGGCUCCGAGUCAACAGGCA